AUGGUCUACUCCGUACAGCCUUCCUAUCCGAACAUCGACAUUUGGUCCUACUCCCGCGCUAACCCUGAUCGGGUCAACUAUACCUUAGGCAUCAUUACGUGCCAUUACACGCCUUGUUCUCUUUCAUCAAACAGUCAUCUAAAUUCGCUUCAACUAGAGCCAACGCCAUGGCUCCACAAGUCAAUCAUCAUGAAUUAUAAAGAAGAGAUCAGCAGUCUCGUCUUGGAUCUCUCAGAUCUCGAAGUUGCGCUUCUACUCUCUCUUGCUAUCCAUGAACAUUGCCUCAUUGAGACAACAAACGACUGCAUCCAUGACGUUGCAAAAGAACUAGGCCUGCUGUCGACCCAUCACAACACCACUGGGUCAAGAGAUUGUACGAGGUCUCCUGGUUUCCGUAAUGUAUUCGGGGACAUGAAAGUCGUCGACGUCGUUAUCGCCAAGAACUUCAAUUAUGUUGACGGGGUUAUACAACUUCAUGCUUUGGAGGUAGGAUUUCUUGAUCAUCACGACGAUGCUUUGCUGAACCAUCGACAGUUGAUGCGCUCCAAACGAUUGAACACAAAUCAUGGCCCGAUUGAAGCUCCUCCCGGCUUUCUCUUCGUACCUCUUGUAGUCCGCGGCUCGGACCAGCGUAGCCCUCGUUUGAAUCAUCACCUGUUGCUGGAUCAAAUACAACAGCUAAGCGCCUCCGUCUCGGUGGGCGCAGACAUUACACGGUAUCAGCAAGAUAUUGUUGUAUUCUUGCGACUAAGCCGCGCUGUUGCUGGGGGCAUCACAGCACGGUCAAACAUGCAGUUUACGAAACUCUCAAAGUACGUCCAGCUAAUUAGACUCCCUAAAGAAUGCGCCUAA